AUACAAAACACGUGGAAUCGCAGUUUCCGAAGAUUUGAAGGAUUAUAAAAGCUGAACGUAAUAUUUCAGCAUAGUCAGGACGCCAUAAGCACCUGUUGCUAUCACAGCAUUCCGGGAAUAUCAUCAUUAAUCAAUAAACAGAAUGGUGUUUUCCGUGUCUGAAAAUGGCCAAGAUUGUGCCAAUGCAGUUGGAAAUCUGUCAGAUCCAACUCGUGAACCUUCCUCAACUGCUACAAAACACCAGCUUGUGAUAUGGAUAGAAGAAGGAGAGAGAAAGAAAAAGAAAGAAAGAGGGUUUCCAGACUCCCGAAGGAAAAACACAUUGGUGAAGGCAGUACACAACUUCCAGAAACUGCCAAUGAUUCAACUCGAUCCCAAACAGCCUUGCUACACAGACAAGCCAUACCUCAAGAGGAAAACCACCAAGGUCAAGGUUGUACAUCAGCUUCCAAAACCUCCAGUAAUUCAACUCCAUCCCAAACGGCCAUGCUACAUGAAGAACAUAUAGCUAAAAUGGAAAACCACCAAGGUGAAGGUUUUGCAUCACUUUCAGAAAUGGCCAUUAAUUCAACUCCAUCAAAAACAGCCUCGCUUCAUGCACGACGCAUACCUGAAAUGGAAAAAAACCCUAGUGAAGGUUGUUCAUCACUUUCAGAAACAGUCAGUGAUUCAACUCCAUCUGAAACAGCCUUGCUGCACAGACAACACUCAGCUGAAAUGGAUGUUGGUGUCCACGAGUACUCUUUCCAUGGAAUGAAUAUUGAUGAUGUACUCCGUGGCGACAUAGAUAUCCAAAUAAUGGACUACUCUUGUCAGCUUUUACGAACACAAUAUCAGUGUAUACAUGGAAUGCUCACUCCAUCCUACUUGCACUCGCUAGUGUCUAGUGGACAGAAUAUUGCAAAGAAAAUUCCUAAAAAUGUUAAAGCUGUACAGAUGCAUUAUAUUACAGGGCAUUACACUUUGUCAGCUAGAAAUCAUGAAAACAUUACUGUUUUUGAUAGUUUACCAUCUCCAGCACACUUGAAAGAACUUAUUCCACAACUGUCUCUACUCUAUGAAAGCUUCAGCCUUGAUGGAAUUCACUACACAACACCCCAGCAUCAAGGAACAACUACACUAUGUGGAGUUUUUGUUGUUGCAAAUGCUGUUUUUUGCCUGAAUGAUAUUGAAAAAUAG